CAACAUCUUGUUUGAUAAGUGAGUGGCACGUCUUGUGAUAGAAUUGGUGCUGUAGGUCGUGCACGAGGUCGUGCGAUCAUGCGCGGCACCAUGCACGUUGUCUCGACUUCAUAGACGUGGCUGUCACAAUUCUGUGGAGUGCAUUGAACGUAUUUUCCGUCGUUCACACGAUAAUCGACAAAAGACUAAAUUUAUACCCAGCAAGGCCAAUUGAGCCACUAUCCGACACCGAUGAGACCAGUGGAUUCCUUGAAAUGGAACCGUUCCAUUUCUUCCAACAAUCUCGAUCUUGGAGACAUGGCAGACGCCAGCUCGGACGACAAGUCGCGUACGACUAAAAGAGAGGUCGAUAGAAACAUGGCCAUAUCGAGUGACCAGCCUCGACCAGAAUCAACAUAUCUUCGAUGGAGUUCGCUUCCACUGUACAUUGGUGUUGCUGCGGUGCUGAUGGGAUUUUAUUUGGUCAAGCCAACUACAGUCCUGACCCUCAACACUACGUCCUACGAGAUAUGUGCGACGACAUUCGACUAUGGUCUGCCUAUCGCCGCUAUCAUCUCACAAGCGACACGCUAUUCUCACCAGGCCUGGGAGAUAAGCGCUCUGUUCGAGGCCAAGAUGCAGAUUUAUGAUCCCGAUAGAUCAGUCUUCGGCCGUAUACCUUUUCCCGACGGUAGGCCUCCCUCGCUCGGUCUACGACUGGACGAGGCGUCUCUCUACGUGGCAAACUUGAUUGAUGUCAAAGGCAAGUCGCUUUUUCCAGAUGAAGAUACAACGUCAGCUCCUGCGUCUUUGGGCAUCGCGGCUCUCAUGACCGGCCAGGGUUGGAAGCCUCAAAUGGAGUCCGCUUCCAAACAAAGAGAGACGCUUCUGGCUGGGAGCAGAUUCCAGAAUGGGGCCAUCAGCAAUCACGCCGAUCGACUCGAAGUAAGUUCUCGAGCCAUUGGGCAAUUUGCCCCAUUUCUCGCAUACUACGGUGUCGUCUACGAAGAUUCUGAGAGCAUUUCAGAAGCCGUUAGGCAGAUUGAGCAUCACAGGGACGUUCUCAUGAUUCCUGACGGUAGCGGGAAGGGAAUGUGGAAGAACUUAGAAGGGCCUCCCAGGUUCGCUGACGCUCGCCCAUGGUCUGUCAGUAAUGCUGUAGCAGCAUUCGGGAUGGCACAAGUCAGAUCGAUUAUUGCAGCCUGGCCGAAGAGCAAUUCGUCCAUGCGAGCUAAGGUCGACAGCCUUGACAAGUAUGUGUUUGAAAUCCUGACGGCUGCGGUUAGUGAUCAUGACAAAGAGUCGGGACUUCUCCAUGAACAACUUGGCGACGAGACGUCUUCACUUAUGUCUUCAAGCACAGCGUUGUUUGCAGCCAUUGUUUAUCGAAUGGCAAGCAUUAAUGCGGAUGUGUUCGCUCGGAAUAAACUCCUGCAAUGGGCUCACAACGCACGACGAACGCUGUCUAAAAGCAUAGGCAGUGAUGGCGCUCUCGACAGGUCGCCAGGAAGCGUCGGUACAAAACCACAUGGGAAGACGGCAGUCGAUCCUGAAGCGCAAAGCUAUCUCCUCAUGCUAGCAGCAGCAUGGCGGGAUUGUGUCUGUAACGGAAUGUGCCUCGAAGCAUACCUUCAGGAAAAGGAGGUAUCAUAAAGACUUCGAAAGUCUCAUAUUCGCGAGAUCGACGGGAUGACAUCAAAAAAUAUUUGUCCUGAGAUCGCCGGGAGCGCACAUUCGGUGGACAAGCACAGAGCCCAUGAUCCGUUGGAAUAAUGUCGAUGCAUGAGCGUGGGGAGUAUAAGGCAAUGCUCAUCCUGCGGAACCCCGAUGGCUCCACUGUGAAAACUAUGUAUGAUUGCGGGGGAUCCAAACACUUAGAGGUCUUUAUUUGAGUAUUCAUGAUGAUACGAGUGUUGCUCAAGUGCCUGGAGAGCGGGAGAGGGUGAGCAAGAGAAUCUGUAGAGACAGCGCCAGAAUGACGAUUUCCGGG